AGGGAGGUGGGUCUCUCUUUCUCUUUCUCUCUUUCCUCCAACGUCAGGGGCUGGGCUGGGCUCUGGGCUCCAUUGCCAUCCAGGACAGGCUACAAGAGGGAUGCGCUGAAGGAGGAGGAGGAGGAGGAGAAGCAGCUUUGAGGCCGCCUGCAGCUCCCCUUCCUCUCCCCGGACCCUUGCUGCCCUCCUCGGCACCCUUUCCCCUCUCCCGGCCAUCCCUUUGCCUCUCUCCAUCACCCUCUUUGCACAUUUCCCAAUCCGCAUCCUCCAUCCCUCAUCCCUGUGCUUCUUUCGGGUCUCAGCAUCCUCUCUUUGCAUCUUCCUCUUCUUCCUCCCCUUCUUGCUUUGUUGGGAUGCUCCGGACAAGAGCCCAGGCCUGACCUCUUCCCAGGCCUGACCUCCAGGGCACUUUGGUCCAGACCCACCGGCAUCCUUCGGAGCAUCUUUCUCACCCUCUUUCUCCCCUUUUCUGCUUCUUUCUUUCUGUUAUUUUUUUUUCUCCCUCUUUCCCGGCUCCUUCCUCCCCCUGCUGGAGUUUCUCGGGUACCGCGGAGGGGAAGUCCUCCGCGCCCUCGGGAUGAAGAUGAUGGCAGGCGGAUCGGUGCAUCAGAACGGCCUCUUCCCUCCGGCACCCCAGCAACAGCCGCCGCAGCCUCCGCCCCAGGCCCCCGGAGGGUCCCAGGCCCAGGCCCAGAGCCACCCCAGCCCCCAGGCCCCUCCGCAGGCCCCACACAUGGAUUCGGAGCCCCCGGACUCCAGGAAGAGGCCCCUGGAGACCCCCACCGAGGCCAUCAGCACCAAGAGGAGCAACACCGGCGAGGACGGCGAAUACUUCCUGAAGGUCCUGAUCCCCAGCUAUGCGGCCGGAUCCAUCAUCGGCAAAGGCGGCCAAACCAUCGUCCAACUGCAGAAGGAAACCGGGGCCACCAUCAAGCUCUCCAAAUCCAAGGACUUCUACCCAGGAACCACGGAGCGCGUCUGCCUGGUCCAAGGCACGGCAGAAGCCCUCAAUGCAGUCCACAACUUCAUUGCCGAAAAGGUCCGAGAGAUCCCUCAGUCUGUAGUGAAGCCAGAGUCAGUCAACAUCCUCCAGCCGCAGACGACGAUGAACCCAGACCGAGCCAAGCAGGCUAAGGUGAUAGUUCCCAACAGUACGGCGGGGUUGAUCAUAGGCAAAGGAGGGGCCACUGUGAAGGCCAUCAUGGAGCAGUCUGGAGCCUGGGUGCAGCUGAGCCAAAAACCCGAGGGUAUCAACCUUCAAGAGCGAGUGGUGACCAUCAGUGGUGAGCCCGAACAGAUCCACAAAGCCGUGGAUAUCAUUGUUCAGAAGAUCCAGGAAGAUCCCCAGAGCAGCAGCUGCCUCAACAUUAGCUAUGCCAACAUUACCGGCCCAGUGGCCAACUCCAACCCAACCGGAUCGCCCUACGCCAACUCCACGGACGUCCUGCCAGCUGCCGCCGCUGCUGCCACAGCAUCGGGCCUCCUUGGCCACACCAGCCUGGCUGGAGUAGGGGCCUUCCCAGCUGCCCUGCCGGGUUUCUCUGGCAGUGACCUUUUGGCCAUCAGCACAGCCCUCAACACCUUAGCCAGCUACGGAUACAACACCAGUUCUUUGGGGCUCGGCCUCAACUCUGCAGCUGCCUCCGGAGUGCUGGCCGCCGUAGCUGCUGGCGCCAACCCAGCUGCAGCUGCUGCCGCUAACCUCCUUGCUUCCUAUGCCAAUGAAGCAUCCACUAGCACCACUACCCCAGCCGGUGCGGUCGGAGCCUUCACCUUAGGUUCCUUAGCUGCUGCAACCGGGGCCGCCAAUGGCUACCUAGGAACGGCCUCCCCUUUGGUGGCUAGCUCAUUCUUAGCCACAGAAAAGCUUGUGGAAAGCACCAAAGAUAUGGUGGAGAUUGCUGUGCCGGAGAACCUAGUGGGCGCCAUUUUGGGGAAAGGUGGCAAGACGUUGGUUGAGUACCAAGAGCUGACAGGUGCCCGCAUCCAGAUUUCCAAAAAGGGGGAGUUUAUUCCAGGUACUAGGAACCGAAAAGUCACCAUCACAGGCACUCCAGCUGCGACCCAAGCAGCGCAGUAUCUUAUCAGCCAGCGAGUAACAUAUGAGCAAGGUGUCCGGGCCACCAACCCACAGAAAGUGGGUUAAGAGGAGGCUGGAGAGAAGGCUGGGGGAAGGAGUAGAGUUGAAAUCAGUCCUUUAAUCAUUAAAAUGGUAACCUACCCAACACCAGCCCCUGUCCAGUGUCCAUCUCUCACACAUGCACUCCCCUGCUCUGGGCAGCAGCCCAGCGUUUGUUCUACUGGAACUUUAUUUCGCUGAUGGUGCGAUUUAUGUGUGUGUGUGUAUAUAUAUAUAUCUAUAUAUCUAUAUAUAUGGCAACAUUUCUUUUUCUUUUUUGAGUUGAUGGAUUUUAAUAGAAAAACAUUUUUUAAGAAAAAGAAGUCCUCUUUCUUUCCCUCUUCUCUUUCCAGUUUUCUUUCUCAACAAUCUUGGCAGAGGAAGGUCUAUCUCUUCAUGCUUUGUUCCCCAACCCCCAAGUCGAUAGAUCAAGUUCAGGAUUUCUUGAUAGGCUAUUGGUACUCCCCCUUCAUGCCCGCGCAGAGUAUUGUCACUCGCAGAAGCUCAAACUGAGUUUAGAAAUAUUUGUGGGGAGGGAAAAUGUGGGUUGAGCUGGUUUCUUUGCCUAAAGACCUUCAGUUCUGAAAAUGACACCACGUUGUGUGUUAUCUGAAAGGCCCGUUGUUCGUAGUAAAGCAAAGUAUGGAUUUUCUUCCUCUUGGUAUCCUCUUGGUAUUUUGGUAUUCUGGGAGAAGGAAUACCUCAAGGAAGGAGGGGUUGGACUGGGAAGGGCUUUGGAACAGGAACACAGGUUUGUUUGAGAUGAUGGGCUUUUUAAAAGACACGGUUCUUCCACACAUAUUUUCAUCUGUUAGGGAAAAACUGUGUCGUGGGCAUCCUUUUCCCCAUUUCCCAGACGUAUUUAUGAUAACAGAAUAAGUGAGGUGCUUGGAUUGAAGGUUUGUAGCUGAGGAGUUUUCCUGCAUGAUACAGAAAUCACUUUGAGAAGUUGAGGGGACGAGAUCGGAGUGUUCACUUUGGGGAAGUUUUGCUAUUGGCAAGUCAGGACUUGAUGGGAAUCUGAACUCCAAAGUGAGCAUAAGAGCAUCAUAGUCCCAAAAAGAAGACUGAAAUAAGUAGCAACCCCCCUGAGAUGUGAGAAAGGGCUGAGAUCAAGACAGUGGGCUAAUUUCUAUAAGCUGAGAGUCAGAUUUCCAUUUUUGUGAUGUAGUUGAGAUGACUUCUUGAUAUGAUGCCAUGAAGUCAUUAUCUCCGUUAUUGAGGUCUGUUUGGCUACUUCCUGUCUUGUCUCUUCCCUGAAUAGAAAAGUUCCUUCACCAAACUUUAUAUGUCCUCACAAGAAGAAAGCUCUCCAUGUUUUUUUCAGGGGUUAUCAUCUAAAGCGGAGGCCUGUUUUCUUGAAAGACAAGAACGAUAGACAGACCCUACCAUCAUUUCACUUACAAGUGCCAUCCUUUUUGGUAAAAUCCAUAUGGCACAGCUGGACAGGAAAUGCUGACUACUGAUGCUCUUAUCUUGCUGGGGGACUAGCUUGGUGCUUUCAGUAAGAUACCCAAAGUUGCAUUGCAUCCCUCUCCCAGCCUGACCCUCUACUGACAUUAAAAAACCACUAAGCCAUCCUGUUAUCAGUAUUAGUGCUUUGAAUGGGGCUGAACAUUGGCAAAGGGACUUCAAAUCCAUGAAAAUUGCAUCUUUGAAUCCCCUUUUGAUUUAUUUCUCUCUUUUAACUUAUUCUCCAUGUAAUCAAGCAGUAUUAUUAUCCUGCACUGGGGAGAAAGCCCUUACCCCAAUGAUUAUGCAGCAGGGAUCCCACUACCCUGUUCAUUUUCUUGCCUCCUCCUUAGUGAAGGUUUGCUCUGAUUUCAACCUCAGUGUCAUUUGAGCAGCACUUCCAAUUUCCAGUGGAAGAAGGUGAUUAAUGCCAGGUGCGUGUGAUUUUUGGUUUGAUGGUCCAAGCACAGAGCUGUGGGUUGCUGUCCUCUUGUCUAAGCUUUCUCUAUUUGCUAGCCUUCCAUUGAUCAACACUGUGUGACCCCCUAUCCCAUGCAACCAAGAGCCGUGAAAGGAGGAACAUGAAAUAAAUCCAGGUUCCUCCCUGCAAUGUUUACAUAAAUGCAGCUUCUCCUAAGACACGAAGAAUAUUUAAUUCUCUUUGCUCUUGAAGGUGCCAGCAUUUUAAUAAGAGCCUAGCUUUCUCGCUGCACUGGUAUUAUUUUCCGUCUUUAAUGGGAACAUAGAGUUCAGGAUUGGCCCGGAGGCCAAACACAUAUAGCAUGGCGUUGCAAUGUCAAGCACUGGGUUGCCUCUGUUUUUCUUUCUCCCUUUCUUUUUAACUAAAUGGCUACACAGGAGCAUAGGCAGAAUGGAGUCCUCCCAAUGCUGGAUUGCAAAGUGGAUGUCUACCUCAUCACCUUAAAUAUCAUUGCAAUGCAUCCUACAACUUCCUGUGGCACACUGUGCUGUGCUUCCUUUCAGGCUGUGUACAUACAGACCAUUGCCAACAUAAGACAGUGAGGCAUCUCUGUUAGACUACACAUCUACCUUCAUACGUAGUUUGGUUUGGUGAUAGGAAACUUCUCUGUUUGGAAGAGCCAAGUUUGAGAUAAUCCCAUUCAUACUUCAAACAGGGGGAAAUGGAGCAUGCAAUACUCCAAGACUUGGGGUUGGGGUGGGGAAAGAUGCUGAGGGAGUUAUGGGGCAAUUUCACCCCUCAGUUGCUUUGGUAGCUCCUAUCUUGCUGUGUCCAACUUGCUUCAAUGGACUUGUGCAAUAUUUUAAUUCCUUCCUGACUCUUUCUGAAGCAUGGAGGUGGAUGGGGUGUGUUUGGGGUGGAGGAUGGGAUGGAAGAUAGCUGCGCACACUCCUCCAACCUCUUAGGUUUGCUAGACUAGUUCUUAAGGCCAAUUCUGUGUCUGGAUGUGAGUGAGGCUCUGGGCGCAUAAGGGGAUGGGGAAGGGGGCAGAGUAUUAAUAUCUUAGUAUGUGAUAGCAUGUAUCUUAGUUCUGUUUUUUCCUUCUUAGACUGAAGGGGAGAGUCUUAAGACUCUAAAACCACUAGGGAGCAAAUCUCAAAUGUGAAUCUUAUAUACUAUUAAAAAUGUAAAGGAAGCAAUAUCUCUAUAGCAUCUUGCACUGAUCCUACAGAGUGAAGAGAGCUGCUGAAGCCAGCAUUUUAUCUAUGGAAGGUUUGCUUGCUAACUAAAGCAGAGGGGAGACAGGCAGCAAGGAAUGGUGGCCUCUGUUUACACUGGCGGAGAUUCCAGGCCUCCUGGGGUUUUUUUUAUGAUGAACAAAAUAUUGCUGCUGUUUUAGACGUGUGUCUCGCAUAUCAGGCUUUUGUGUUAGGGACAGGAGGGUGGGAGAGGGAUAUAAAGGGAAAAUGUGCCAAAUUCUUUAGUCUGCGUCUUUUUAAAUAUUGUGGAUGCUUACAACAUAGAGUGAUAUUCCUUACCCAGUUCCCUGCCUUCUCCGAAAUGCUGCAGAUAUUUUGACAAUAUUUUCCCAGCCUAUCCUUUCUGCUUUAUUCCAUCAGCUCUGCUUUGCCCUCCUCUUCUUCCUUCGGGAUCUCAGAAUCAUGAUUUCGUGCCAAGGCACAUGCGGACUCUGCCACCUGGUCAAUUAUGUUAAGAAACCAUUUUUUAAAAAACCUUUCUCCUCUUUGGCAGAUUUCUGCAACAUUUUAGUAAUUUUGAAUAAUCUUGGCCCCUCCUGAAAGUCGUGAGGAGUAGAAAGGAGAUGCUUUCACUCAUAUACUUUCAGUAUAUUUUUGAAACUACAAAGAUCAGAAAGUUAUCUUCUUUUCACCUCUUUUUUUUCUUCCCAACUAUAAGAUAUGAAACUAAGAGACUGAGUUCUGCCAUUUAUUGCCAUGAUAUAUCACAGCGGUCUGGUUAUAGCUUGCAUAAAAUUGGCAUAAAACAUCCAGGGGCCACCAAUAGCCUUUUGGAUGGGUUGGGCAAGAUAUAUGAUUCCUGGAAAAUAAAGAUAUCAAACCCUUUAGAAUUCCAGUCAGCGCUGCAAAUUUCAUACCCCUGAAGACACAUAAUGCAAUUUAACAGUUUGUGAGCAUACCUCUUUCACCAACCCAGCUCCCUGGUGAUAACACUUCGGAUUGCAGAAUUGUGCACAAUUCUGAAGAAUGCUUUAUACUUUUAAAAAACUGGCAGAACUCAAAAUCCCUGGCUUUUAUGUGAGGAAUAGCACUUCUCAGAUCAGAUAGGCACUCUGGUGAUUAGCUGGCAUGCCACUCCCCAAAAGAUAAAACCUUUUCUGCUUUGUUGGUGAAAUAUCAUAAACUUGUCAGUCAAUCCAUAGCUUCAUUAUUUUGCCCAGGUUCAAAUUUCUGUUACCUUCACUGAAAUGAAUGAAUGUCAGCAAGAUGAUGAUGGUGAGGACUAUUUUGGUGCCCCAAAGCUUGGGUGAGCCCAUGCUGGGCAACCUCACCUGCCGUUGCGUUAGGAAGCAGCAGGAUCUCUUCAGAUGUUGGGAUUUCCACAUGGAGUUCCUUGCUGAGGAUAUUUUAACUAGUUUUUGUACCAAGUUUCUUGAGUGAAAAGGAGUUUUGGUGAAGCAUUCCUGAAUCUAGUUGUCUUCUUUGCCCUUCAACCAAAAGACAUUAGGGCUAAGGACAACAUCCAGGGGGUUAGAGCCACUGAAAUGUGAGAUGGGUAAAAUUGCCCCUUGUAUCUUUUUUCUUAGCUCCUCUUCCACUUCCCUCUUUCAGAUCCCACAAAAUUAAUUCCUUGUUCCUCUCUUUGAAGAAACCAAACUUGCUGAACGGAGUAAGGUGGGAUGAGAGCAGCAUUGUAUCCACUGCACUUUGGGAACCAUUACUGUCCCUUGGAACAGUCAAAUUCCCAGAAUAUUAUUGACAUAUCCUGUUUAAAAAGACGCACUUUCCCUCCCUCAUUUUUGAAGUGCCAAACUAUUAUUUAUAGAUGACAUGCAGCUAUUUAAACAGAUUUUUAACAAGGAAAAUGGUUGGGGCGGGGAGGGGAGGGUGGGUUGGGGGAAUGGGGACCGCAGGGGCAUUUUGAUAUUUAAAAACAAAAGUUGUUUAAAAAAAGUGAAGCUUAGGACUUGUUAGCGGAUCUGACGUGAGGAUCUUUAGUGGCUUUUAAAUAAAUAUAUUACUUUUUUCUAUUAAAAAAAGGGAGACCUUCAGUUCUGUUCUCAGCGGUCUUCUCUGGAGCUGUCUUGAUGCUGAAUGGUGAUGAUGGAGGCACGGGUCUUUUGCCCCGUAACUCAAGGAGGCAGGGAGCAUACGAUUGUAUACUGACUCCUUUUGGGAGGGGGAAUCUGCUUUGUGAAACCAUGUCCAAUUUCUGUAUGUUGAAAAGCCCAAUCUUGCUUUGGUAGGAAAACCUCUGUCACCUUGCACAUAUGCUGGUUUUGGAGGAAAGGUGUAAAAGAGGAAAGGAGACACCAUGAAGGAGGCAUUUUUAAGUCACUCCUACACUGUAGAUCCAUGUCCAGUGUUUUCUGAGCUAAGACCUGAUAUAUUUCCUCCAUCAAACUGGACUGUUGAAUAGAAGGGAGGAGAACAUGCCUCUGCUUGGAAACCAAAUGCUCAAUCCAGCAAAAGUCCCUUUACAUGACUUUUGAUGGGAUUUUAGAGCAGCCCUAAGGCCCAUUUCAUUGUUUUCCAAUGGAGUUAAUCCUAAACCUGAACCAGUUUUGUCUAAAUUAGGCUUCACGUAUUCCAUUUGGACUUACCCUUGAGGUUGCCACCAAAAUUUUCUUCUUGUUGGUUUGUAGCCAUGGUUUAUCUUUGGCUGUUUUCCAUGAUGAGAUGGAACAAUGUUGAGUUUUGAGGGAGAAGGAUCAAGGCACAUUAUCCUUUCUUCACCUAAUGCUCCUUAAACUCUGAUCUCCUUGAGAAAAGAUAAUCUUGGUUUACAAUCUUGGUGUCCAAAUGGGAAGUGGAGGGUAUGAUACUGUAUUGAGUGGCAUGGUGAACCUUGAAGAUUGGUGGGCACGUUUUUGAACUGGUGAGUUUUUCCAAUCGCCUCCCCUCUCUCUUCUGGAUUGUCUUGGUAUAUCCUGACUCUCCUUUCCUUCCGUUUUAAAUAAGUUUCAAAAGCAGCAAUUCCUGGGUGCUUUGAACCUCCUGCCCUCUUCACACAGAGACGCUGUUGCUCCAGCGAAGUGGCAGCGAAACCUGCUUUGGUGACAACCGGGACUUUAUGAGCUCUCAAUGUGCCAAAUAUGAGCCAGAUUUUUAUGAAUCAAAUAAUAAAAGAAUAAUAAUAAUAAUAAUCAGCUGUGGAGAUGGUCUAGCUGGACUUUGCUGCUGGCACUCCACUCUCUAUCCAAAAGGGAAACUUUCUGCAUUUGAGGUGUGCCCUCCAGGCUCCUCCUGCCAAUCCAAGGUGUGUUCAAAGAGCUUUGGAAGGCAAGACAGAAAUGGGGCUGUAACUUAUCAAAGGAUUAUUACAUAUUCAAUGUCCUGGAGGGCCAAUAUGCAUCCUUAUAUCUCAUAAGAAACAUUUGUGUUUGCCCAGCAGUUGAGGGGAGUGAGAAUCGUCUUGUUAUCAUCUCCUCUCCACUUACUGUUUCCCCUUUGCAUUUACCAUAUCACUGUUCUUGUUUUUUUUUCUCUUUUCUUUUUUAAGUUUUUUUAGGCAGCCAUGUUUAAAAUAAAAAGGGGGUUUGGUGGCAAGGUGAGAAAAAGACAAAGCAAGACAAGGAAGAGGAAGGAAAUGCAUUUGAUAAGAUUGAAUGGGAUCCUAUUCCGGAUAAAAAGUCCUCUCCUCCUCCACAUGUGUGUACAUCCCAGUUGUUGAGUGCCAAGCCCUCAUUCUCCCCUUUCGCCGCUCUCCCCUUUUCCUCAAAAGCCCUUUUUUAAUUUGUGUCAGGACACACUCAUUCUCUGGAGCAUCCUUUCCAUCCAGCAUUUCGAACAAGUUCGCACGCCACAAAAGUUCUAUAUAUAAAUAUAUAUAUAAGUACAUAUAUAUAUAUUAUUUUUAAAAAACACUUACCUAAAGCAGCGUUGGGACUAUUUAUACCAUGGUCGGCUACCUCCGGACUGCUUUUUUUUUCCAAAUCCACCUUCAUCAUUCUCAGCAUCGAGAACAUUUCUAGCGUGUUUUUUUUUUUUCAGGGGGAAUACAGCACUCACCUUUUAAAAGUUUGUUUGUUUGUUUGUUUUUUUAAAAAAAAUGUCAAACCUUUGCUUCAUCUGAAUUUUGGGGGAUUCCAUCUCGAAUUCUCUCGCUGCCGGGGACAAUUUCCACCUUGUUUCAACCCGUCUUCUGAACUUUCGAGCUUCACCCUUUCAUCAUUUUGAACUUAUAACCUCCCUCCUUCUGUGUUCAUCAAAACCUGUGUUUUUUGGAUUUUUUCCUCAUCUUCCAUAUUACAAAAAACAACAACAAAACAAAACAGAAAAAUAAAUUAAAAUUAUAUAUAUAAAUAUAUAAAUAUUAGGGGAAAAGACAAAGUGCAACAGACUGUCAAAUUCUUACAAUUUAGACUACUGAAUGAGAUUAUUUGAUGUCACAUUUUUUCUCUUUUAACUGUGAACAACAACAACAAAAUGUUUCUCCACCAUCGCUUCAUUGUAAAUACUCUGUUUCUGUUUGAACGUGUUUGCGGGAUGCGGGAGGGCAAGGGAAAAAGAGGGAGACCAUUGAUUUUGUGUUCUCAAACAUCAGAGACGUGUCGGUGCAUAAAAGUGCUGGAGGUUUUGAGGGUGGACAGAAUCAAUAUAUUCCAAAAUGUUUUGGGAGGUAGCAGAAAGAGUUAUGAUGCCAUUGGGAAUAAUUUAAAGUUUUUCUUUGGUCCGUGCCACACCACUUUGGCUGCAGAGAUUGGGCGUUGCAUCUGAAUGCUCCCACUUUCCCACAUAUUAUGUAAAAAUAUCAGACAGAAAGAGGUGCCAUAAUAUAUUUCCUUUCCUUUAAAAAACACAAAUGUAAGAUUUUUUCCCCAGCCAGAUAGAUGUGGUGUCUGAAGUUUACUUUCAGGAUCUGAGAUUGGCAAAAUUUGGUCCAGUUCAGCCAAUGAUCUGGUGCCAGUUUGACUUCCCAUCCCAAGAUUCUGAUAAAGGAGAACAAGCCUUGUCGCCUUUCAAAGGUCUAUUCAAUUUCAUCUUUGCAGUCCAAAGGAAAUACAUUUGCCCUCAACAUUUGCAGCCCUGUGAAAGUGGGAAAACCAAUUUUUUUAACCUGAAAGGACACCUCUCUAGGUAUAUCUUGAUCCACCAGGCUCCAGUGGAUGCUGAUCAUAUAGUCACACUGUGUCUAUAAGUGUCUAGAGAAAACAUUUCCACGUAAUUUGUCUAUUAUCAAAUCUGUUGAUAUGAGGCCCAUGAAAGUUGAGAGGUGAUUGUAUAGUUUGUUAGGAAAAUGUGCAGAUGAAAAUGUGUAGCUGUGGGAAAUGGCGAUGGCAGCAACUCCUGCGACUUAGAAACAUUUCAGAAUUGGAAACGUUAGGAUAGAGCUUGGUUCUGAAACCGUAUUUGCUAUGAAGCAGCCUCCUCAGUGAGAAAAGCAUAACUUUGUGUGGCAAAAUAAUAAUAAUAAUAAUAAUAAUAAUAAUAAUAAUAAUAAUAAUAAUAAUAAUAAUAAUUACUUUAUUUAUAGACUGCCCUUUCUCCCCAAGGGGAUUCAGAGCUGUUUAUAUACAAAAAGGCAAAUAUUCAGUGCUGUAGUCAAUGAAAAUUAGAGGAGGAAAAUUUAAAUGUUGCUGCAUUCAUACUGUGUCUCCCUCAAAGGGAGUGCUUUUCUGUUUUAAACCAGAACAGCAAUGCCAGCUUGAUACCCCUUUUGUCUCAAUGUCUUAUGAAUGCCCAUCUCUUCCUUCUUUUAGUUCCUUAAGCAGCUGAAGUACAGAGCUUUGUGGGUUCAAAUCUGUGUUGAAAUCCUACAGAUUUUCACAGAAGACCUCAAAGGAUAUCUAAGGCUCCAUAAAGUUGGCUGCCAGUCAGAAUCACCAAGGCCCCUUCUACACAGCUGUAUAAAAUCCACACAGCUGUAUCUGGCAGUGUGGACUCAAUAAUCCAAUUCAAAAGCAGAUUAUGUGAACUAUCUCCCUUGAGAUUCCGGAUUAUAUGGUGGUGUAAAAGGACCCUAAGAUUGGUUUCAAUGGGGCAACAGUCUGAUUUUGGGCGAGGCCUUUUUCAGCAUCCAUUGAUCAAUGUACAAACCUCCAAUACCUUUUAUGCAACUGUCUCCAAUCAUUCUGGAUUUUUGUUCUCCAUCCAACCUCUCCUUUUAACAGCAAUCUUAUUUAUUCACGUGGGAUGGUGCCAAUGGGGGUGGGAAGGGAAAACCAAGAGGGGUAUGAUUAAAAAUGUUUUAUUGUUAAAAAAAUAAGAGAGAGAGAGAGAGACAGAAAGAGAGAGAGAGAGAAAAGGAGAAAAAGAGCCAACAAGUAACCAACUCCAUCAUCAUGGCUACAUAGCAAAACCAACAAAAAAAAACCUGAGUGUCUUGGUAGGUUUGUGUGUUUUAGUGUAAAGUUGUGUAUUGAUUUUGUGCUCAGUGAAGUCAGCAUUUUUUUAGUGCUAAUACUAUUAACUCAUUUCUGUCAUGAUAAAUGUCCAUUCACGACAUCA